AUGGUGUCACAUCUACGCCGCCCUCAUCCUUGCUCUCUGCACUGUUGUAUGCAGAAAAUUCCCGAUACCGUCCGGGACUCGGACGCGGGCUCCGGCCUGCUAGCAAUGAGCGCGUUGAUCUGGGUUGUGAGGCGGUUCCAGCGCCUGACCGGCGACCUCCGUCGCAUUGCCACCAGCAUGGACAAGCCCACCGUCUCGGGGUUGAAGGCGCUGCGGAACGAGAUGGUAGCCCUCAUCAAGAAGCAAGUCCCGCUCAUACGGUCGGGGAAAACCGUUGUUGCUGCCGACGCCUGUGACGACGACGGCGAGGAAGUCCAUUCUGCAUCCGUACCAGUAGGGGUCGCCCCGAACGUCGCUGAUGCGCGUGGCAAGUCGGGAGUCGGCGUCGACGAGGCCGAUGCGGCCGCAGGAAAGGGGGUGACCGGGACUGAGGUUGUUCACGGGAAUGAUGAUGGGGUCCAGGAUCGCGAGGAGGAACGUGAGGGUGAGGGGGGCUCGGAGGAGUCGUCGGGGUCGGGGUCGCGAUCGGGGUCGGGCUCGGAGUCGGAGGAGGAGCAGGAGCAGGAGACGCAGGAGCACGAGAGGCAGCACCAGGAGGAGCAGUUGGUAGAGGUGGAGGACGUGGAAAUGGCGGAGGGGUACGUUGUCGGAGGAGCGGAGGAAACGGGUGGGAGAUCGGCGGAUGUCGAGAACGACGAAGGGGAGGGGAAGGGUGCGACAGCGAAUAUCGGCGAGGUCGGCGUGGAGGCGGCUCACGGAGGUGGUGGCAUGGUCGAGGUCGGUGAAGGGGAUAACGCCGCGGUCCCGGAGCAGAGGGGCGUGGAUGUGCAUACCGAUGCCACCGCGGAGAAGGCCGGCGGGGAGCGGUCUAGGAGGAAGAAGGCGGCGAGCGGUCAUCCCGGUUCCACCGCGGCUGGGCGGCAGGCGCGGCUGGACGUCGUCGAUCAGCUGAGGGCGGAGAACAGGCGAUUGCGUGCAGACAAUGCACUCCUUGAACGGCGGCUCGGUGAGCAGACGGGGCGGGUCGACAGCUUGGCGGCGGCAUUAGCUGGGCUCCUCGAGAAGGUGAAGGGUUUGACCGCCCAGGUCGCCGACACCGACCGGAAAUCGGAGGAGCGCCUCAAAGAGGCCACGUCGACCAUGGCGACCACAAUCACCGAGGGCCUCACCGACAACAUGGACAGCGCCAUUCAAUCGGCCAAGUCCUUCGUCGAGCUAGCAAGGCAGACGCUGCUGGAUCUUGACGACCCCAAGGGACGAGCGGCGGUCGCACGCGCGACCGCGGUGAAGACAGUGACCGAGCACGUGACGGCGGAGGUGGGCGAGGCGAGGAAGGGGUUGGAGGAGUCGUUCAUCAAAUACAUCGGCGCCGCGCAGACCAACAUUGCCGCCGCCGUCUCGCCCCGCCUAGUCCAGCCGCCGCCGCCUACCGGCCCAGCGCAGGCCUUGCCGGAAGAUUUCCUGAAGUCUUUCAAGGAGGACGUGCUGAAGGCGGUGACGGAGACCACGCAGCAGUCCUUCCUCGCCUCCGGACUGAAGAUAAUGGCCGAGGUCGUCGGCACGGUGGCGUAUGCUCGGCGCGGGGAGGCGGCGGGGGGGGCAACGGGGACAAUUUGGCGAACACGAAGCGGAGCAAGGGAGGCGGGGGGUCUGGCGGCGGGGGGGGGGGACGGAGACGAUUCGGCGGGCGCGAGGCGGACCAAGGGAGCGGCUGGUUCUCGCGUCGCCGGCGAUGGGAGCAUGGGAGCCGGCGACGGCAGUUCGUUGAAGCAGUCGGGGAAGAGCGUGGUCGACAUCCUCAGGAAGCACUGGGCUCAGGUUGGAGCGGCCAGCACGGGCCAUGGUGGUGGGGGUCCCGCCGACGAGCAUGCCACUGAUGACGCACUGCCAAUGGCUCCGCCUUCGGUCGGCGUUAAGCCACCACGACAGGGUAGCGGUGUGAAAGGCCUGCGCGACAAGGAGAAGGCCGCCGCCAAAACGGCCCCAGGCGGGUCCGCGAAAGCUGGCCAGGGCCCGAAGACAGGGGUUGCGGAGGCGUCAGCGUCUGCCGACAAGGUUGGCCGCGCGGGAAAAGGGGCGGCAGUUGCGGACGCGCUCAAGGAGCAGCUCAGGCUCCUAGCCGGCCAUAGGGCUGUUCAACAGGCCCCCCCUGCUGUCGAUGUCCCAUCGGCCAGUGGGCCACGUGUAGUGCCGGUCGUCGCCGCCCGUACUCCUGCAGACCCAAAGUCCGCGUUGUUGCGCGCCCAGCUGGGCGCACUAGCGUCGACUGAGAGGACUCAGCAGGCUUCUGGCUCUGGCUCUAAGCCGUCGUCGGCGAAUGUCGCACCACCCACCCAUGUGGCAGUUGAUGUGGAGAAGGCGGCGGAGAAGGGCGUUCGUGCCGCGCUUGCCACCGGCGGCGGCGCCGUUGAGGAGGUCCCCGCAGACGCUGAUAUCGCUGCCAUACAGGCCCAUCUGGAUGCAGCCAAUCCCCGAACCCUGGCCAUCUCCGACACGGAACAUGUGGAGCCUUCGGCGGGACUCGUCGGCAUCGCGGCAGAGCCUAGUGCGACCGGUGAUGCGGUCGGUGAAGGAAAGUCGAAACGGAAGUGGAAGGCGGGCUCACAGAGGAAGACACGGGAGAAGUCGGAGGUGAAGGCGGCGGAUAAACAGAAGGGGAUGGCGACGGAGACGGCGGCGGACAAAGAUCGAGGCGGCAUUGGGGAGGUUGAAGGGAAAGGGGAGAAUCAGGAGAAGUUGCCCGGCGAGGGUACGUCGACGGGGAGGAAGGGGAAGGACAAGUCGGUCGGAGAAGGUGCGUCGACCGGGAGAAAGGGGAAGGAGAAGGCGGUCGGCGAGGGUUCCUCGAAGGGGAGAAAGGGAAAGAGGAAGGCGGAGGAGGAGGAUGAGGAUGUCGAGGAGGUGGAGGAGGUCGAGCAGGAGGAAGAGGAGGAGGAGGAGGAGGAGGAGGAGGAGGAGGAGGAGGAGGAGGAGGAGGAGGAGGAGGAGGAGGAGGAGGAGGAGGGGAAGGGCAAGGAGAGGAGGGGUCAUGGCAUCCGACACGAUACCUCGGGCGACAAGCAAGGGUGGGUCGGCGAGAUUAAGGUGCACGGCAUCAAUCGAUACAUCGGCAAGUCGCGGGACAAGAUGGAGCUCGCGUACGUUCACUCCAUCGCGUACGUCGUCUACGACGGUUUCGUGAGCAAGGUGCUCAUGACCGAGCUCACCGGCUUGGACAGCGCCGAAUUGGAGAGGUGGAAGGAGGUGUGGGAGGAGGUCAGGAUCUUGCCGACAGGGAUGUGGACGGUGAUGUGGGCCCGGGGUACGCUCCUUCCAAAGACACGGCUGACAGAGAUCCUCGACGCGUAUCGCCAUUACAAGUCCACAGGCGAUUGUCUCCACGCCGCGCUCCUGCCAGUGAUAUGGUACCCAGUCGAUGCUAGCACCGAGGAAGGCCGAGAGAAGUCGGCGUUCAUGAUGUCGGCGAUGAUAGGCCGCGUGUCAAUGUGCGCUGCAUAUGGGAAGACCGCUGCGGCAGCGGCGAAGAAGGAGGGAGACAAGGAGGAGAAGACGGAUAUGGCGGCAUGGGCGUUAGCAGCAUCCGCAUGCGCUGUGUGGUGCUUCGUCGAGAACGGCGAUGCCCAGCUGGCGGAUGCUGUGGAAGAAGGGAAGUCGGCGGCGAUCAUCGGCGGAGCGAGCCAGGCGACCGCCGAUGUAUUCGGAAAAGUCAUGGAGGCGGUGCUGAAAGCCGAGAUGAACAGGGACCGCCCCCUGGGAGAGGUUGCCUACAACGUCGCGCCAGCACUCCAGAGGACCGCCCUUGAUAGGGUCUAUCCGGGGGGGAAUGCUGGAGUAGAUACCGACGUUAUCGCUAGAGCGACGGUUGAGACGAUGGCGUUUUGGGGAAUGUGCCCCGUCGCCGGGCCGAAACUAAGAGCGAGGGACAUCGCGGUGCCGAUUGACGCGCAGAUGAAGGCCGAUCUUGACAACAGGGGGAGGAAGGGUCUGAGGGGCAAGAAGGGGACGAAGACCAAGGGCGGCACGGAGAAGGGCAAGAUGUCGAAGAAGGACAGCACGACGGCCUAG